AUGGCGUCAAACACGGCCGGAGAGGCUGAGCAGGGCAGACGUGAAGGGGAUGGGCAUGAUGGCAUUUUCCAGGGGAUGUCUUUCUGGCUGUCUGAGAACGUCCCUCAAAAACGUAGAUUCAAGGAACUCAUACAACAAAAUGAUGGCGUUGUGAAACUCCGUGAGAAGGAUGCGGGCGUGCUAAUAGUGGACCACAAGAGGAAGAAUCUCCCGCCCAAUGCAUACUCUUACCAGUUCAUCGAGAAGUCGAUCCAAAAAGGAAUACUGGAAGAUCUAGAGGUACACAAGGCUGGUCCUUCAACAGCCCGGCCUGUCGGGGCAACAAAUAUUCAAGCCAGAAGCCACCGGCUAGCAUAUACGAUAGAAGACGACCAAUCGAUUUUCGACUAUGUGCAACAAUUUGAAAAGAAUCCAAAGGCUUCAAUAUCUGGUAACAAGAUCUAUGAGGAAUUUGCAGCACAGCACCCCAGACAUACAUUUCAAUCGUGGCGCGAUAGGUACCUCAAGAGGCUUCGAGGGCGGCCACGUCCCGGCGGAAUGAUAGAACCUACUGCCGCCACGGCGGACAGUGAGGAAACUCGCAGAAGUCAGUCGGCCCACGCAACUACGUCACGCGGAGACCAAGUUGCAGCUGAAAGAAAUACACCACGACGGGGGCCACAGGAGAGGAAGCGGAAACGCAGCCCAGAACCCACAGAGUCUGGCGAACGCGAACCUAACCGCAUGGCUAGCAAACAACAAACGAAGGCAGCAAAUCAGCAUCCGAUACCACAGCCACCAGAAGUAGUGGUGCCUCAUGAAUCUCUGGUUGAGAAAAGAAAGUCACCACGCCGUGGGGAACCUCCAAGCCCCAAAAAGGCAAAGAUCACAACACAACAGCCACCAGAAGUAGCGGUGCCUCAUGAAUCUCUGGUUGAGAAAAGAAAGUCACCACGCCGUGAGGAACCUCCAAGCCCUAAAAAGGCAAAGAUCACAACACAACAAAAUACAGAAACCGCCGUAAAUCAGGAAUAUGCCGGCGGAACUAGCAUAGGCAUCGAUAACCUCUUCUUAGAGCUCCCCUUUCUCCCGCCAAGUCCAGCGGCCGAGGAGGAGGAGGAGGCUCCAGAGCAAGAUAUUGAAUCAUGGAUAGACAAUCGGCUUCGCGAAGGCAAGGGCGAUGAGGCCCAAAUCAUCGAGUCAUUACGCUGCACCAGUAUGGAUCCAACCUUGGCAGAUAAAGUGUUGGAUUCCAUAGCUGCAGGGAACAGUAUACCGGCUGAUAUGCGCGGGGUUUGGACAGCAGAGGAUGACAGAAGCUUGGAGGCACAAGAUACACGGGAGAUCCAACGGCUCAUGGACAAGCACGGCUCGGUGUACUUUGAUUAUCGGUGGGAAUAUCUCAACAUGGCACGAGCCGAAGGCCUUGAGAAUCCUUCAACCACUUAG